AUUUAGAAGGCAGAAUAUACUCGAUGUUUGUGGUACUUCAAGCAACCAGCAAUGUUAUCGAUAGCGGUGUUGUGAGUGCGGUGGAUCGAAGCUGUACAGAUGUGGUUUUUACCGAUUCAUUCAUAUUUGAGAAUCAGCCGGUGGAUUUUGAGAUCGAAAUUCAGCUUUAUUCGGCGCGAACAGACGGUGGCGACAUGAACCAGUCAUUCAAGCAGAAACUGACUCGUUCUCUUGGCCGUCGACUCGGUGCCGCCUAUAAAUCAGGGUGGCUGGGCGAGGAUGCGCUGGCACUCGAUCGCACGGCGACACACAGCGAUGCCCCUCCGGAUGGAAUGAACAAUGUGUGCUUUCAUCUGCUCGGCCGAACAAAACUGACUUUAAGCGAUGCGAGACCGAGAACCGGAAUUUACGACCUUCAUCUAUCCCCAAAUGCAGCAAAUUACGGUCCACCACUUUAUGGCCAUAUUCGAUGUCGAAUUGUUGCACAGCCGAAUUCAGUGGCUAUACCUCUUUCGGAUGGCAUUUUGACGAUCAAGCCAGUAGGCGAAGAUCGGCUGUACCAGAACAUGCGUUGCAGAUUACAGGUCAUAAAUGCACUACGUAUUCAGCGAAAUCCCUUAAUCUCUCUAAUUGCUACGAUCUAUUUCAUGUCCAACGAUAAACCCAUUGUAAUAUUAGCGUUGCAGGCGGGUGUAUUGCGAUGCGUGGCAACGCAUUGGACUCAGGCUCAGGAGCAGGCUCUUCUUCACAUCUACAUAAACAAGGUUGGUAAGUGCAUUGCUAACUUCUAUAAAAUGACUCAUCGCUGUGCUUAUUUGACAAUUUUCUGGAAUUGUUUGAGAAAAGAUUCUGUUAGCUGCCGGAGGGUACUUCUGCAGGAAUCGAAGCUGCUGACAUGCAUGCACCGUCGAAGUAUCAUCGUUACAUCAGAUCGCUAUUUGGCUGGAACGAAGCGCGACAAGCAAUACAUCCUA